UUAUCACACAACAUCAAGGUUGUUGAAGCCAAAAGGCAGCUUGGGUUGGAGGAGAAAGUUUGGCUUUGCUUUCCACCAAAUGAUCUCCAGAUUGACAUAGUUAUUGGCCAUGGGGCUGUCCUUGGCGCACAAGCAAAGAUUAUUAGAGACAGUCGCAAGUGCAAGUGGGUACAAGUCACUCACACAGCGCCAAAGGAACUGGGUAUGUGGAAAGACUACGAGGAUUCUAUCGCGAGAAGUGAAGCAAAGCACAAGAUUGAAGUUGAACUAUGUGAAAAUGCUGACUUUGUCGUUGGAGUUGAGCCAAAGCUAAGUGAAUCGUUCCAAAGUUAUCUUAGCUGGUGUAAAAAUCCUGAAGAUGUUGUAACUCUUACUCCGGGAAUUUUCAAUGAAUACUCGGACAUAAAACACUCACCAAGAGAUGGCAAAAAGUGCCGAGUUUUAACAUUUGGCCGUGGAGAUGAGGAAGAUUUCAAACUGAAAGGAUUUGACAUCGCAGCUAAAGCGGUAGCCGGGCUAAGUGACACAAUACUUAUCUUCGCCGGUGCUCGCAAGGAAGACCUUCAACAGGUUACUGAUAGAUUUUUGGAGUGCAACAUUUCUCCAGAAAACCUUGAUGUAAGAAGUUUCCUCGAGAAUAAACAUGAUCUAAUCAGGUUAUUUUGUGAGGUGGAUCUUACACUCAUGCCUUCUCGGACGGACGGCUUUGGACUUACAGCACUUGAAGCUCUAUCUACUGGCCUGCCUGUUCUUGUGAGUGGGAACACGGGAUUUGGAGAGGCCCUCAGCAAGAUUGCAUUCGGUUCAUUUUAUGUAAUCAAUUCCCAAGAUCCCAGUGUGUGGGCCAACGCCAUAAAAGAGGUUUGGAGGAAAGACUGGAAAACGCGGCGUCAAGAAAGUGACUACUUGCGUACCUGUUACAGAAAAGAGUACAACUGGGAAAAACAGUGUAAUGACCUCGUUGCCAAAUGUCACAGCGCUGUUUACGGU